AUGGCCAGGGAAGAAGAAAGGGUGUUCACAAACUUCUCCCCCAGCGACGCGGUGGAAGUGAGCGCCGAUGACGACGGCUUCCGCGGCGCCUGGUACGAAGCGAAGGUUCUGCGCCCCUUGCGCAGAGCCGGCAGCUACGCCGUCGUCUACGACCAUCUCCUCGCCGGCGGCGAUGAAAAUCUCCGGCCCCUGCACGAGAUCGUGCAUGCCUCGCACGUCCGUCCCCGCCCUCCUCUCCACUCGGCGCUUCUCCUCGUGCCGCACCGCCCCGUCGACGCCUGGUACAACGACGGCUGGUGGGUCGGCGUGGUGAUGGCCGCCAUUAGCGGCCGCGGGAAGGGGAAGAACAGGAGGUACAAUGUGUGCUUUCCCAUUUCCCGGGAGGAGAUGGUGUUCGAGGAGGCUCAUCUCCGGGUGCACCUCGAGUGGGUCGACAACCAGUGGAUUGACCCCGAGUUGAUCACCUCGGUAAGAGAUCUCCUGCUUCCUGUUCAAGCUGUUCAUGUUCCUUCCUUUUUCAGCUGCUCUCUCUCUUCCUGCGCAGGGGUCAGUAGCCGCUGAGGCUUACCCUCUGGGAUUCCAAGUUGAAGUCUCUCAUGACUCGGGAGCUUCCCUCUGCGCCUGGUUCGUGGCGGCCGUGGAGAAACACAUUUGGAAUAACAAUCUGCUUGUGAAGUAUCAGAAGCUGGCGGCGGAUGGCGGGGAAGAUCGCCGGAGGGAGAUCGUCCAUCUGCAACACGUCCGUCCCCGUCCUCCCGCUCCAAGCUCCGGCGAACCCGGCCUCCUUGAGGAAGUCGAAGUGCUCCAUGAAUGUGGCUGCUGUGCGGGAGUUGUGUCCAAGAUCCUCCCGGGUCUCAAGUACUCAGUCAAGUCUGAACACUGGGACGGCGAGCUGGAGUUUCAUCAGGACGACGUGAGGUUGCGCCAGGAAUGGACCAAUGGCCGCUGGGUUUUGCCAGCCAAGGUAUAUAUAUACAGAUAGCCUUUCUGAUCUCUUCUUGCUUGUUCUUUCCCCUCUUCUGCUGCAAGAAGGAAGAUUCCUCUGCUGUUUCUUCCCUCCCCCAUUAAUCCACUGUUACGUAUAUAGUCAACGUUUGGAUCAGAUGGCCCCAUCCAUCGACCUGCAGCACUCCCAUCCUGCACUGAAAUUACUCAAUCCAAUCCAGCGUGAUCCGGCCUGAUACUCAGUUUAGACUGAAGUGGAGGAGAGAGUGAGAAAGUUAGGAAGAUGCUUGCAGAGUUGGAGGGAACCCAAAUUCGAAAGCAAGCUUGGAGGAUCUAAUAGUGGAAAGAAGAGAGUAAGAAGACGACGAAGGAGAGAGUCAUGGCGUGAGCAUCUGAAGUCUGUAGAGAAAACAGACUGCGGUGACAGAAUAUGUACCGUGUCCAUGCUUUGCGCCGGCUUUGCAGGUGGAUGAUGAAAGCCUGAUCUCCUUUUGACUUUUUUCCUUUUUGAAGAGAUGGUGUACGGCAGUAUUUAAACCACUUUCGAAUCUUUGGGCUUCUGCCCUUGAGAAUGAUCGCCGUGGAUCGUUGGUCAGAGAUUUUGGAGCAGACAAGGCAUUCAUUUGCUGGUAGGUCGUUGACUUUUCGUGACAUAUUCUUUUCUGUUCAUUGUCUGGGUCAGGAAAUUUGGGGGCGCCUUGGACUGCUGUUCACGAGGGGCACGAAGGUGGAGGUCAGCAGCGAUGACGAUGGCUUCUGCGGGGUUUGGUAUGCUGCGACGGUCGAGCAGCCGCUCAGUCCGAGAACGUUCCUGGUCGAGUACGACGCUCUGAGGACAGAUGACGGCGCGGAGCCGUUGAGGGAGGGUGUGGACGCCUUCCACAUUAGGCCCCCUCCCGAGGCGCCCGCGGUCAACACGUUCAAGCUGCUCGAGGAAGUCGACGCCUACUACAACGACGGGUGGUGGGUGGGGGUCAUCUCCAGGGUUCUCGGGGGUUCAAGGUACGGAGUCUAUUUCAGAUAUUCGGAAGAAGAGCUGGCCUUUGGCCACGCUGAUCUGAGGCCCCAUUUGGAGUGGAUCAACGGCAGAUGGGUUCAGGCUUCUCAAGCAAUUCUCCCUCCAAUGUGAAAGUGGGAAUUUGCUCUCUCUCUCUCUCUCUCUGGAUUCAAGGAACCCACUAUAGGAAUUCAAGAAAAAUCCUAUUUUUGAUCCUUGGGGAUUCAAAGGCUGCCUGCCCAUGUCAUCAUUCUUCAGGAAUCCGAUGACUUCACCUUUUUUUGUCCCUGUGGAUUCACGGUUCAAGCUCUUGUCGGCUUUUUUUGCUAUAAAUGGAAAGCGAUGUUCUUGAGGGAAGCUCUCGAAUCCCAGUUGAUGCAGAUCGUUUCUCUUAUUUUCUCACAAUAA